CGCUUUUGUUGACGUUAUGGAGACGAAAAGCAGUGGUACACUCAUCGAAUUGUGCUCAAAUGAUGCAGACAUUGCUGAGGUGGUAAAACUUCUAUCAUCUGCAAAGUUUUCCGUGGAUGAGCCAGAUAAGGAUGGGAUGACUCCACUGAUGCACGCUGCCUACAGAGGCAACCUCCACGUCUGCAGGAAACUUCUAGAACACAAGGCAGCCGUCAACUGGAACAGCCACAAAGAUGGGUACACAGCCCUAAUGUUUGCCACAAUAGCUGGUCACAAGGAAGUGGUGUGGCUAUUGCUAGAGAAUGGAGCGAAAACUAAUGUGGUUAAUGGUGUCAAUAAGACUGCAGUCCAACUGGGAUCAUUUGUCGGGCAACACGAGUGUGUGAGAGUGAUCAACAACCACUUCUCUAUAUCUCAACUGGAAUACUACACUACCAUAAAAGGUUUGGAGAAGGUUCCAAAACUGGACCCAGCAAACGCUGCACCUCUUCAUGGACUUAUCUCCAUGCAUACCAUCCACCCCGUGAAGGUCACACUGAGCCUCCGGUCAUCCUGUCCUCAGCUCCUGGCAGCCCAGUCUAGUGUCUGCCGAGUCCUCCAGCUGCUGAGGGAGAAGAUGGAGAAGGAGGAGAAGGAGCCUCAGGCUCUCAAGAUGCACUGCCUCAGUUUUGUGGUGGAGAGAUGUGCAAAGAAUGGGGUCGAUGCACUACUGAAGUUACUCCUCCACUGCAGAGAAGAUGGAGUUGCUGAGUCACUAGAUCGAUUCCUGCGACAGUGUCUCCAGGAGUAUCCGAACCUACGCAGUCAGCUACUGAGAGAGAUGGUUGCUACACUCGCCAAAACACCACCUGUCAGUCAAUCUUCUUACCAAUUGAUUGGAACUUGGAAAUGACUACAGAACACACACCUGUUUCCUUACAAUUACGUGACGCUUUGCAGGCAGCAUUAUUAAUAGAUCGUUUACAGUGGAACUUAGCUCUAACUCUAGGCCACAAAACAUGUAGCUUCCUUUUAUAUUACGCUUGUUUCAAUCCUAUUAGGUACUGUUUUAACCCAGAUUGCAUGGUCUGCUUUAAUCUCACAUGCACUCAUGAUGACAGGGUGGGCCUCCUUCUGCGGUAUCACUCUUCCAACAGAUGGUGUUUGGGAAAAGGAGUGAGUCUGAGGAAGCUCUAGAGAGUUGCAGCGUAUGUGGAGAUCUCAUCACAUCCGUGAAGAAGUGUUCUCGAUGCAAACAAGCCCUCUAUUGUGGAGUGGAAUGUCAGACGCUAGCAUGGACGGUGGGCAACCAUCGAAAACUGUGUAAGAUAUGGACCACUAUACGUGAUGCUGAGAAAGACACUAAGACAACAUCAGAACGUUAACAUUAGCGAUAAAUAUGUAACAGAGCAAUGUAUAGAAAGAUUUUAUUAUGGUGAGCAGCAUUACGAGUAUAUAAUAAUUAUGACCAUCAUAAACAUUGUCCUUGUGGGCAGCCUGAGCAAUAAUAACCAAAAUUAUGCACAUGAUAUGUGUGUCCAAAAAUCAAAGUGUGAAGCUCUGAAUCAAGCGUUAAGAGUCAAAACUCGGCCAUCCUACCAGUAGCGCCUUCUGUAUUUCUUGAGAUCGACGUCCAGCCCCAGUUUCCCAGCCAGUAGGUGAUAGUCGGCCUUGCAAACCGGGCAGUUCACGUUCCCCUCCAGCCACUUGUCCACACAGACCCGGUGGAAGGUGUGAGAGCACGGCAUCAACCUGGCAGCAGACA